AGAUUAAAAAACUAAGAAGAUGAUGCUCCAAUACUCCGCAGCAUUAGGAUGCUCUUUUGCUCCCGACCAUUCAACAGUGCGUUCAGUUCUUCCCAACAUCACCUCCGCAACUUCAUCGCCAUCCAGUUUAACUAGAAGGGUAGUUUUAUCGACUGCUUUAAUCUCCACCACAUUGGGCUUUACCGUGUCUACUCCUUCAAACUCCGCCGCAGCUGAAUUCUUGAAACUCCCUAACUCUGGUGGCGUCAAGGCUUUGGACCUUCGUGUUGGUACUGGUGAAGUACCCUCCAAUGGCGACCAGGUCUCUGUUCAUUACUAUGGAAGGUUGGCAGCAAAACAAGGAUGGCGCUUUGACUCAACAUAUGAUCACAAAGAUGAAAAUGGUGAACCGACUCCUUUUGUAUUCGUGGUUGGGUCUGGGAAAGUUAUUUCAGGGAUUGAAACUGCUGUGAAAUCUAUGAAAGUGGGUGGUCUUCGUAGGAUCGUUAUACCACCGUCGCAAGGAUAUCAGAGCACAUCACAAGAACCCAUACCACCCAAUUUUUUUGACAGGCAGAGACUGUUUACAACCAUCUUCAAUCCAACUCGUCUUGCUAAUGGAGAAGGUUCAACUUUAGGAACGCUUGUAUUUGAUAUCGAGCUGGUCAGCCUGAGGCAUAUAUGAUGUCUUUCCUACUUCCACACAGAAAUAUAUUUCUUGUGCCAAAAGGUACAUCGUAAAUUUAUGUUGUCAUUUGUUGUCCAACAAAGUACAUCCUCUGUUUAUGUGUCAAAAUCAAGGCACACCCCAGCGUAAUUUAAAAAGUAAAAACUGUUGAAGAUGCCCAGAUUUUCAGAUUAGAGAUGGAUUGUUGUAGAAUUACAACUCCUCGAUGAAAAAUUGAAGAUGAUGUGUAUUUAAUGAAAGGGGAGA